UCUUUUCUCACGACCGUCUCUCUCUACUUUCCUCUCUACAACCGCGCCCACUUGUUGUUUGCGAACCCCAGACUUGCCGGCCAAAAUGGGUGAAUCACGUCAAGAGCUCCUUCAAUGGAUUAACAGCCUUCUGCAACUCAACCUGACCAAGGUUGAGCAGUGCGGUACUGGCGCCGCCCUUUGCCAGGUCUACGACAGCAUCUUCGGCGAUGUUCCCAUGUCCCGUGUCAAGUUCAACGUGACCUCGGAAUACGCCUACAUCCAGAACUUCAAGAUCCUCCAGACCACCUUCACCAAGCACCAGAUCGAAAAGUCCAUCCCCAUCGAGGCGCUUGUAAAAUGCAAGAUGCAGGACAACCUCGACUUCCUGCAGUGGACCAAGAGGUUCUGGGAUCAAUACUACCCCGGCGGUGAUUACGAUGCUGCUGCCCGUCGCAAGGGUGGCGCUAUGCCUGCCAGCAUGAGCGGUACCUCUCGCGCUUCCGCUGGUUCGGCUGCCGCGAGACGUCCCGGCGGUGCCACUCCCACCGGUGGUCCCCGUGUCGCUGCCAGAGCCCCCGCUGCUAGCUCCGCCGCCACCCAGGCUCUCCAGCAGGAGGUCGCGACUCUCAAGGAGGCCGUCGGCGGCCUGGAGCGCGAGCGCGACUUCUACUUCCACAAGUUGCGCGACAUCGAGGUUCUUGUUCAGGGUGCGGUCGAGGAGGACCCCGAGCUCGAGAAGCAGGAGGACGGUCUCAUCAAGGCCAUCCAGGCUAUCCUCUACUCGACCGAGGAGGGCUUCGAGAUUCCUGAGGCCGACGCCGACGCCGCCGACGAUCAGGAAACCUUCUAAACAUAUCACACAUUGGUUUAACGACUAUGGCGUCAACUGCGACGCGACCUGCUCACUGAGAUAGGCUGAGAGCAGCGCCGCGCAGUUUGGAGAUGGGUUGCGCAGAGGCAGAAGUAUUAAUGGUGUUGUUAUUUGGCUCGGGAUCACGCAUUGCGGACUACAAGGGUUGCUAUUCUGUUGCUAUUGUUGGUGGGCACAUUGCGUGGUGUAUCAGGGAAAGGGGGCGGGUCUGAUACUAGUGGGCUCUCUUUAAGCAUAACAAAGGGACCCUUUUUUAUACAUUUGGGACGGACA